AUGAUUGUGAAUAUAUGUGUGACAUAUAACAGAAACAUGCGUGCAGUGUGUUUUGUGAAGAGGUUUGAAUUUGAUUUGAAUGGAGCAGUUUUUCCAAGCGCCCUGUCUAUAGAUGAUGUGGAUAAUGAUGGAAACAAUGAACUUGUUGUUGGCAACAUGAGCGGUGAACUAUCCAUCUUUAAAAGUGACCGGAUGUGGCAGAAAUUUACAGGACUAGGCAUGAUCACUGCCUUAGGUAUUGGUGACAUUUUUAAUAUUGGCAGUAAUGCUCUGGUUGUUGUGGGUGGUGAUGGGUGGUGUCACAUUCUGUUUAAACCAAAGCAAGAUGAUGCUGUGGAUCAGAAGAAAGCAAAGUUAGAGUCUGUUUAUGUUCAGAGAAUUCCAGCCAAUACCAAAGUUGUACUCCUGGGAGAUAUAGAUGGGGACGGAUGUACAGAGAUGGUGAUGGGAUUAACAGACCGUGUUGUGCGUUCAUACCGUUGGGUUGCUGAUUCAGACGAGCCUGGGAGAGGGAAACUGAUUGGGCUACACAAAUGGGAAUGUGCCAACCAGAUUGGUACUGUGACACUGAACCGUUUGCAUGAUGGCACAACAUAUCUGUUAGUAGCUCAACCUGGUGGCACAUUGAUGAAGAUUCGCUGCCACACAAGUGAAGAAGAAGGUACAGUGAACAGUGAGAUGUUGGCAGCUACGUCUGUGGAGUACCAUACACUGUCCAGGAUGCUUAACCCAAAUGUGUCAACAGAGAUCCAAGGUGGUAUUAAGAUGGGACAUACAGAUUCUUCUUUGUCACCGUUAUAUGCUGUAGCGACUCUGGACGGAACACUCAUGCUGGUACAGGAUGAGAAUGUCGUGUGGUCCAUUCAGGUAGAUCAUCAGCUGUUUGCACUCACAAAACUGGACAUGACCGGGGAUGGUCGAGAUGAAAUUGUGGCAUGUUCAUGGGAUGGACAAACAUACAUCCUGGACCAAGAGAAGUGCAUUGUAUGUUUCCAGCUGGAGGAGUCAGUCAUGAGCUUUUGUUCAGGUUACUACACCCUCCAGCCUGGUCAGCCACCUGUUCCUUGCCUCGUCUAUACAACAUUCACCAAUAAGAUUUAUGUAUACUAUGAUGUGCAGCUGUCAAGCAUGAGGGCCAAGAGUUUUAUUCCAGAACACUUCACUGCAACCAAGGAGAAUCCGAGACAAGCUCAGCUGCUAAUUGAAUGGUGUCUUUAUGGCCAAUAGUAACGGUGUCAUAUGCCUGUAGUCUGAAAAUGAGUUUUGGUAACACUCUGUGAACAAUUAGUGAACCGUAACAUAAGUGUGAUGAGUCAACUUCAGAUUAUAUAUAUUUUUUUGUUUAAUAUUCUCCUUUUUAUGUUUCUGAGGUAAGGAAAAGUACCUGACCAGAAUGAAUUCAGAUUUAUUGACCUCUUAACUACCAUACCGAACCAUUGUCCCUUAUGUCACACGUAAGCAUGGGUGCUGGAAGAGGGACAAGGCCAGGGAUUUGAGACCCUCCCUGUGGCUUUCUGGAAAAAAUCAAAGUUGAAAAAUAAGGAAAUAUACCAGCAACUAGAAUUA